AUGAUAUUAGAGGUUAUGGAAUUUUUUCAAUAACAUUAAAUAUUCAUGUAUGAAUAGUCUGAAAACAUAAUCAUAAUUCUUAUAGUCAGCCAGUAUUUAGUAAAUAUUUAAUUAGCUUUAAGGACAUUAAUUUCUAUUUUCAUUUUAGUGAAGAGUACUGUUGCUUUAAUUAAUUAGAUUGGAAUUAAAGUGUAAAUGGCAAACUUAAGGAUCAUAACACAUUCAAAAUAGUCAUAAUCUGCUAUUUUAGUAACAAUUUUAACUGAUCAUUUAUAGAAAUUAACAUUUAAAACUACUUUUAAAAUCAAUUUUUAAACAGGUUUAUCAAAUUACUUAAACUCAAAUGCCAAUCAUAUAUAAACUAUGUAAUAUUUAUUAGAUUGUUAUUUAUCCUACAAUUCCAUUUAUAAUAUACUAUCAGUUAUAUGUUUUUAGUGGAAAUUAUUUAACAUCGGAUGGUUUGGCAAAUACUUAUGCUGUUAUAAUACAUUUUAAUAUUUUUGAGGUGUAUAGGUUAUUUUUAAUGAAAAUAAUUCGACGGCGUGAAACCAGACGUAAGUCGAAUAAAGGGUUAAAGGUGAAAAUUCAUAGUCAAGACUUGUAAUUAGAAGAGGCUCUGAGAGAGUGGGUAUGUCUAGGCUUCUCGAACAGCUGUGGAGGAGGCACUUACCUUUUAUUUGGAAAUAUGACAUCAGGGCCUAUCAUCAGCCAGUCAGUCAGUGCUCUGGUCCUAGAAACCUCAGUACAGUUUAUAGCAGACUAGAGGUGGAAAGUUUCCUUGUGCCAGUUCGAGGCUCUCCCCUUUCCCGAAUAUAGCUUCCCUGUGCAACGGAUUGGAAAGACAAGUUUGUUGUUCUAGAACAUUCUUUAACGAGAAUUUUUAUUACAAUAUAAUAAAUUUAGUACAUCAUCAAUGAUUUAUACUUGUGGGAAACCAAUAAAGUCACAGAAGCUUUCUCUUCAAUUUGAUUCCAAUGAAAAAAAAUAUUUUUACAUAUCAUUCAAUAUUAUUAUUGAGGUGUAUACUUCAUUAUUUUAAAUUUGAUAUCUUUUAAUAUCGCUUAGUGUUAUCACUGCUAUAUUUAUUAAUAUAUAUUUAAAUCAAACAUCGAACAUCCAAGAAAUAUAAGAAAAUGCAAAAUCCAAAGAUUAAUCCAAUGUUAUUCAAAAAAGCAAUGUUAUUCAAUAAAAAUUAAUUAAUUCAUUGUACGAAACUGCAAUUUUACUAUCAUAUUAGAAAUACUAAAUAUAGGAUAGUUUAAAAAAAUAAGAAGAUGCAAUUAAGAAAACUUUAAAAGCUGUUGACGUUAUACUUCUUGAUUAUGAAAGUCUAGUAAAUUACAGUAAAAAGCAGCAAUUAUUCAUCCAACAAUUAGUUGAUAAAUACAAAAUUCCUAUUGAAAAAAUAAUUUUAGGAACUAAAAAUUCAAAUUCACAUCAAUUUAUAUAAAAUGAUUUCAAAUCAUAACUUUAACAAACAGGAAUUUAUUAAUGUAUCAAGUGA